GAAUAAUAAACUUUUUAGUCGAAAGUGUUGUAGUAAAAAUACAGGAUGAAGUUUGUGCUAAGUUUUUUAUUUGCUUUGCUUUAUUUACGAAAUAAGAAUGCUUUCGCCUUCAUUGAAGACAAUAUAGAAAGUCGUAUUAUUGGAGGAAAGGUUGCAAAACCUGCCCAAUUCCCAUUCAUGGCGGCUCUCAAAAUUAAAACCCCAAGUGUUGAGUACUCCUGUGGGGGAGCUCUCAUCCAUGAGAACUGGAUUCUAACAUCAGCUCUUUGUUUAUAUCAGGCCAAUAAUAUCACUGUCAAUCUCGGCUCAAAUAGUCUGGAAGAAUAUGACCCCAAUCGCGUUCAUCGCUUUGUGGAAUCCUCUGAUUCAACAGUAAUUAUUCAUCCAGAUUUUGAUGCAACAGCUCUUAAGAACGAUAUAGGACUUAUCUAUAUCACAACCCGAGUCCCACUUUCCGAAAAUGUUCAAACAAUUAAACUCGCUUCAAUGAAUUUACCCACAAUUUUAAAAGCUACAGCGCUAGGGUGGGGCCAGACCAGUGACGCAAAUACAACUUUAGCUCCGGAAUUGCGAUAUGUUACAGUUGAUAUCAUAACGAAUCUUGAAUGCAAAGCAACUUUUGGCUCACAAAUUACCGAAAAUAUGGUUUGUGUUAGAGGAAGUAAUAUUGAAGGUCCUUGUUAUGGCGACACCGGUGGCCCGUUAGUCGUCAGGCCCUUAGGGUCCCCCGUUGUGGAACACGUGGGGAUAUCAACUUUUUUUAGUGGAAACGGUUGUGAAAGUGAGGAUCCUUCUGGAUACACAAGGACGUUUCCUUACGUAAAAUGGAUUGAAGAAACAGUCAAUAAUAAAUAAAUAAUAAACGAUCAACAAAAACUUUUAUUUUAUCUUUGCAGCAAGUAAUAAAACAAUAAAUCAUU